UCCAACACAAAACUUGGAGAAGAUUUUCUGCGUGUCCCCAAACUAGCUGUGGACAGAGAAGAUUGGAUGACCUACAAAGACAGGUUACAAUGGUCAGUAGAUGCUAGAGGGUUUCUCGGUCACCUGGAUGGUACCGAAAAGAAACCAGUAGACCCCGCAAUGCUGACAGGAAGAGGACCAUCUUGGGUACCAUCCGGCACUGACGAGGUCCGAGAACUCGCAGCGUACAAAGCUGCAUCGAAGGAGUGGCGCGUUGGCGAGGCCAUUACAAAGCAACAAAUUGCUAGU